CCACUCUGCCUAUGGAGUCCAGUCCGCCUGGCUGGGAGCUUGGUCAGUCUCUGGGUAAUGCAGCUCACAUCUGGGGAAAUGGAAGUGAAGCAUCUGCCCACCUUGCAUUGCAUUCCUCACUGAAGCAGAGAUCUCCAGACCCUAUUGCUGAGGGCAAAGAGACUCCUCUCCGGUUCAUCUCGGCCUUUCCCGGGGCAGCUGGGCAGCAGUCAGCACUGGCACCUCCUAUACCUCCUCUUCACUUGGGAUGAAGGGUCUGGGGACCAGGUCAACGUGGAGGUACCGGGCCACCAUGCUCAGUCUCAAGCUGCCUCAACUCCUUCGAGUCCAUCAGGUCCCCCGGGUGUUUUGGGAAGAAGGCAUCAUGUCUGGCUACCGAUGCCCCACAAGCUCUGCCUUAGACUGUGUCCUCAGCUCCUUCCAGAUGACUAAUGAGACGGUCAACAUCUGGACUCACUUCCUGCCCACUUGGUACUUCCUGUGGCGCCUCCUGGCGUUGGGCAGCCCGGGCUUCCGCGCGGAGCCGUACCACCUACCGCUGCUGGUCUUCCUACUGCCCACCUGCCUCUAUCCCUUUGCAUCCUGCUGCGCGCACACCUUUAGCUCCAUGUCGCCUCGCGCUCGUCACAUCUGCUACUUCCUGGACUACGGGGCACUCAGCCUCUACAGCCUGGGCUGCGCCUUCCCCUAUGCUGCCUACUCCAUGCCGGCCUCCUGGCUGCACAGCCGCCUACACCAGCUCUUCGUGCCCGCUGCUGCACUCAACUCCUUCCUGUGCACCGGCCUCUCCUGCUACUCUCGGUUCCCAGAGCUAGAAAACCCCGGGCUCAGCAAGGUUCUCCGCACAGCCGCCUUUGCCUACCCCUUCCUGUUUGACAACCUCCCGCUGUUCUACAGGCUGCGGCUGUGUUGGGGCAGGGCCCACAGCUGUGGGCGGGACGCACUGAGCUGCAGCCAUGGUUACCACCUCCUCUGCGCUCUGCUCACAGGCUUCCUUUUUGCAGCCCGUCUACCAGAGCGCCUGGCGCCUGGGCGCUUCGACUAUAUUGGCCACAGCCACCAGCUGUUCCACAUCUGUGCAGUGCUGGGCACCCACUUCCAGCUGGAAGCUGUGCUGGCUGAUAUGGGGUCCCGCAGAGGCUGGCUGGCCAUGCAGGAACCCACCUUGGGCCUGGAGGCCACCGUGGCCACCUUAAGCCUGGCAGUGAUUGGGAACCUGCUCAUCAUCGCUGCUUUCACAGCCUCCUUGCUGCGGAGCCCUGGGGCCUGCCCCCUGCUGCAGGGUGGUCCCCUCGAAGAGGAACUCGAAGCCAAACAACAGUGAGGCCCGUUGCCAUGGAGGGAGGCUGAGGCCAGACUUCAUUACUGUGGAGGAGCCCUGACAUGGGCCUGAGAAGGUGGAGGCUAUUCUGAUUCUGAAAGGGUAGCUGCAGAGAAGAGGCUCUCUGGGGACGGGUGGCAGGAUAGAGGCCCCAAGAGACCAGUGGUGGAGGCCUGCGAGUGGACACAGGUACCAGGCGGGAGCGGAGUGGGAGGUGUAAGGCCUCUCACUGGGCUUCUACCCUGUUGCCCUGGAACCUGUUCACCUCAGGUCACCCUGAGAGCUUGUUCCAUGAGGGCCACAUACCCACCCUGCCCCAGGACCAGACUGCCACGUGUCAGCAACUCUGUCUACACAUGAGCUGCCUGACCUGCUUACCACUGUGACCAGGCCUUUUCUGAUUUGCAUGCCUGGGUGUGUCUGUGUUGGCGGUGAGAUAAUGGAUGUGGUGGGAAUCACUGUGGGGAGGCGGGCUGUGGGACCUCUGGUGCGAUCCAUCACAGAGCAGUAUAAUAAAGACGCAAAUGAACCGGA